UCAGACAGGUUGUACAGUAAGUUAUAUUUAACCAGAUACUUUGUAGAGUAUGUUGUCUUUGAUCAGUUCUUUUGAUACAGUAAGUUUUCUAUAAUCAGAUUUUUUAGCAGUAAGUUGUAUUUAACCUGAUGUUUUGUAAAGUAAGUUGUAUUUAAUGUUAUGUUUUGUACAGUGUGUUGUUGACUUUAAUGAGAUAUUUUGUACAUUAAGUUGUAUUUAACCAGAUACUUGGUACAGUAACUUUUAUUUAACCAGAUAUUUUGUAGAGUAUAUUGUAUUUAACCAGAUUCUUUGUACAGUAAGCUGUCUUUAAUCAGACGCUUUGUACAAUAACGUUAGUUGUAUUUCAUCAGCUGUUUUCUAAAGUAAGUUAUAUUUAAGAAGAUACUACGAAAAACUUGCCAUCUUUAGUCUGAUGAUAUAAAAACAAACCAUGGGGAAGAUUGUGGCAGAGAAAGAAAGAACCAAGUUUGGCGUGCACGUGUUGGUCGUUCUGUUUGGGAUUACGUCAUGGUCCAUCAUGAACGGCCUGUGGGUGGAGCUGCCGAUCCUUGUGGCCGAUCUACCCGAGGGCUGGACCCUGCCCUCCUACCUGACUAUCAUCUCACAGUGCGGCAACCUCGGCCCGAUCCUGUUCAGUCUGCUGGUGUACCUGGUGCCACAUAGGAAGUUCGAGACGCCCACGUCUCUCCUGGUCAACCUGGCACUGACUCUGUGUGCGGCACUCUACGCCUUCUUCUGGAACCGGACAGCCGUUGUUGCCGGAGGUGACCACAGCGUGACACUGUUAAGCCUGACACUAUGCCAGGCUAUAUUUGCCGCCACUACCUCCAUGUGCUACCUGGCUUUUAUGGCGCACCUCAAGGCCUACUACAUGGGCAGCAUCUUCAUCGGCAUGAGCCUCAGUGGCCUGAUUCCAGCCCUGGCGGCCGUCGGUCAGGGGUCUGGUGACGUCAGAUGUGUUGACAACUAUUCUACAACAGCGAGGCCUAUAGACAUUGCUGAAGCUUUUGCAGAUACAACUCUUGCUGAUGUCCUUAACGGCACGGGGUAUGGUCCUGUUGAACACAACACAACAACACUGUCCAGCUUGCUAGCGGUCAACGAAGAGCCGGCGUUCACUGUCCAGGCUUUCUUCCUGAUGCUGGCGGGAAUGGGGUUGGUGUCGCUGCUGGCAUUCGGGCUGCUCGUCUACCAUCCCUACUGCUUGACCGAACACGUGGACACGGACAAGGAGGAGAACUGCCAGCUCAUGAAAUCUAAAACUGCAAAACACAACAAAAGCAAGCACGAAUCAUUGUCUUCUACAACAUUUGUUGAUGUCCUUGUAGAAAACCAGAUCUCUAAAAAUUCUUCUAUAGGCACCUACAAUUAUACAGACUCAACAACAGAAUCCGAAAAAUACUUAGUUCAUGGUAGCAAUGCAGAUGGAAAUAUUCAAAGAAAUAAUAGCAGUUUCAGAAACAAUCAAAACAAAUCAUUAAAAAAUGGCAUUGUUGAAUGUAGUUUCAAGAGCGAACAUUUGAAUAUGUAUGAGCUGUCUAGCAAAAGCAUGACAGAAGACAGUUCAAUGAGUGCUAGCCUAAACACGGAGCAAACAAAACACACUGCUAAACAAACGGGGGGUGUUGGAGACAGUGAUGAAACUUGUGUUUGUGUAACAUCGUUAAGCUUGGGUCCAGCAACUUCAGUUCACGUGGAGCCGUCAACUUCAGGCAGCGCAGAGCCAACACGUUCAAACAGCUCGGAGCCAACAACAACAAGAGACAACACGGAGCCAACAACAAGAGACACCUUGGAGCCAUCAAGAUCUCCGAGUGUAGAGCCAGCUGAAGACGACUCGGAUCAAAAUGGGAAACUCUCCAUGCACGAGUCCUGGUACCUACUUGCCCUGCUAGCCUGGAUCAACGUCCUACAGACUAGCUUUGCUUUGGCCAUUCAGGUCUAUUCAAGUCUCCCGUACGGUCUAUUGUUUUAUAAUGGCGCUACUAAGGCAGAGAACAUAGUUGACCCCAUAGCCUGUUUCUUGACCAUGUGGAUAAGGGUCAAGUCCCUGCGCGUCAUUUCCUGCUUGACGUUGCUAGGGACGUUGUUUACAGGUUACAUCAUCACAGUGGCAUCGAUGAGUCCAAAUCCAUUUCUGGUUCAUGAGACUAUCGGUGGGAUUCUUGUGAUAGCAGCCUGGGUGAUGAGUACAAUUUUUAACGUCUUCACCAAAGUUUCCAUCGCCAGUGUCAUGCGCAGUCAGGGGAGGACGUCACUAAUCUGGACAGGCGGAAGUACCCAGGUCGGCGCGCUGAUUGGUGCAAUACUUGCUUAUGUUUUGAUCAACGAGCUGCACAUUUUUAAAGACAGUCCUUGGUGCUGAUUGGUCAGUUCUUUGUGCUGAUUGGUCAGUCCUUGGUGCUGAUUGGUCAGUCCUUGGUGUUGAUUGG